GAAACCGGGCCGGGAACGGGCGGAAAAGCACCAGGAUUGAUGCGAGUUUAGAGCUAAUAGACUCCACAACAUCCUACAUUAAAAAAGAAAAAAAGCCCAGAAAACCCUCCAGCGACGAAGCACGAGGCCGUCGGGAGGUCAAAGGGCGGAGGUGAGGAAGGAGCCGCUUCCCGGUGAGUCCCUAGCUGGACCCAGUGCCUUCCAGGAGGGGCUGCCCAUGCUGGAAUUGCCCGAAUCCCUGCUGUAUCCCGGGAUGGCAUCGAGGUGAGGGUGGCCGAGGAUGACCCUGACUGACAGGCUGCGCGAGAGGAUUUCGCGGGCGUUCUACAACCACGGGCUGCUCUGUGCUUCCUACCCCAUCCCCAUCAUCCUCUUCACAGCUCUCUGCAUCCUGGCCUGCUGCUACCCUCUGCUGAAGCUGCCGCUGCCAGGGACGGGCCCUGUGGAGUUCAGCACCCCGGUGAAGGAUUACGCUCCCCCCGGCCUGGACACGCAGCACGGGGACCCCAGUGAGCGCCCUGACUGGUACGUCGGUGCUCCGGUGGCCUACAUCCAGCAGAUCUUUGUGAAAGCCACCGUGUCUCCGUGGCAGAAGAACUUCUUGGCUGUGGAUGUGUUCCGGUCACCGCUGUCCCGCGUCUUCCAGCUGGUGGAGGAGAUCAGGAACCACGCCCUGAGAGACAGCUCCGGGGUCAGGAGCCUGGAGGAGGUUUGUCUCCAGGUGACAGACCUGCUGCCCAGCCUCAGGAAGCUGCGGAAUCUGCUCCCGGAGCACGGCUGCCUGCUGCUGUCCCCAGGGAACUUCUGGCAGAACGACCGCGAGCGCUUCAAUGCCGACCCAGAUAUCAUCAAAACCAUCCACCAGCAUGAACCAAAGACCUUGCAGACGUCAGCCACUCUCAAAGACCUGCUGUUCGGGCUGCCYGGGAGGUACAGCGGGGUGAACCUGUACAACCGACGGCGGGUGGUAUCCUACACCGUCACCCUGGGGCUGCAGCGCUACGACUCCAGGUUCCUGAGCAGCCUCCGCUCCCGCCUGAAGCUGCUGCACCCCAGCCCCAACUGCAGCCUGCGGGAGGACAACGUGGUCCAUGUGCACUUCAAGGAGGAGAUCGGCAUUGCUGAGCUCAUCCCGCUCGUCACCACCUACAUCAUCCUCUUCGCCUACAUCUACUUCUCCACACGGAAGAUCGACAUGGUGAAGUCCAAGUGGGGCCUGGCGCUGGCGGCGGUGGUGACGGUGCUCAGCUCCCUGCUCAUGUCCGUGGGGCUCUGCACCCUGUUCGGCCUCACGCCCACGCUCAACGGCGGAGAGAUAUUCCCAUACCUGGUGGUGGUGAUUGGCCUGGAGAAUGUGCUGGUCCUCACCAAGUCUGUUGUGUCCACGCCCGUCGACCUGGAAGUGAAGCUUCGCAUUGCCCAAGGCCUGAGCAAUGAGAGCUGGUCCAUCAUGAAAAACAUGGCAACGGAGCUCGGGAUCAUCCUCAUUGGAUACUUCACCCUGGUCCCGGCCAUCCAGGAGUUCUGCCUCUUUGCCGUGGUCGGGCUGGUGUCUGACUUCUUCCUGCAGAUGUUCUUCUUCACCACGGUGCUGUCCAUCGACAUCCGCCGCAUGGAGCUGGCUGACCUGAACAAGCGGCUGCCCCCCGAGUCGUGCCUGGCGCCAGCCAAGGCCCCAUGCCGCGCCCGCCCUGCCGCGCUGCGCCCGGCGGCACCGCACACGCCGCACACCAUCACCCUGCAGCCGUCCUCGCUGCGCAACCUGCGCCUGCCCAAGCGCCUGCGCGUCAUCUACUUCUUCGCCCGCACGCGCCUGGCCCAGCGCCUCAUCAUGGCCGGGACAGUGAUCUGGAUUGGAAUCCUGGUUUACACGGAUCCUGCUGGGCUCCGCACCUACCUCACGUCCCAGGUCACCGAGCAGAGUCCCCUGGGGGAAGCAGGUCUGCCUCCCAUGCCCGUUCCUGGAGGGGUCCUGCCUGCCGGGGACCCCAAGAUCGACCUCUCAGUCUUCCCGUCGGAGCCGCUCCAACUGUCGGAGAACCAGACCCAGCAGCGGGAGCAGAAGUCAGGGCUGGAGCCGAACCAGCACACCUGGGCCCAGGGACCAGAGGGCAAAGGGAAUGGGCAGGUGGAGCUGGGAGCAGAAGCAGAGGUUACCUGGGGAGCAGAGGAUGAGGAGAUCUGGAGGAAGCUUUCCUUCAGGCACUGGCCAGCCCUCUUCAGCUACUACAACAUCACCCUGGCCAAGAGGUACAUCAGCAUCCUGCCAGCCAUCCCCGUCACGCUGUACCUGAACCCGCAGGAGGCCUUGGAGAUGCGGCAUCCCCAGGAGGCCUCGCGCUACCACCCUUUCCUGGCGGGCAGUGCUGGGAAGCUGGACACAGGAGCCCAGCCGGACCACACAGCACAGCCCCACGGCCACCAGGAUGUCACCCUUUACAAGGUGGCUGCUCUGGGCCUGGCCUCRGGUAUCCUGCUGGUGCUGCUGCUGUUCUGCCUGUACCGGGUGCUGUGCCCCAAGAACUACGGGCAGAACGGGCCGGGCCGGCGCCGCAGGGGGGACCUGCCCUGUGAUGAUUACGGCUACUCCCCCCCCGAGACCGAGAUCGUGCCCCUGGUCCUCAGGGGACACCUCAUGGACAUCGAGUGCCUGGCCAGUGACGGGAUGCUACUGGUGAGCUGCUGCCUGGUGGGGCAGAUCCGCGUGUGGGACGCGCAGACGGGUGACUGCCUCACCGUCAUCCCCAAACCCAGGCUUCGCAGGGACAGCAGCGGCAUCUUCGAUUACCAGGAGGGCUGGGAUCCCAGCCCGGAUGGGAAGAACGGGCUGGAGGACUCCUUUGAGAGCAGUCACCAGCUCAAACGGCUGCUGGGCCCCCCACAGCCCCCCCUGUUCUGUGACCAGCCCGACCUCACCUCCCUCAUCGACACCAACUUCUCGGAGCAUGCCAAGGUGGCCGAGUCGGAGCCGCGGCUCCGGGCCGUGGGCACUCGCCACAAGGACUCGGGAUACGACUUCAGCAGCCUGGUUGGGAAGGUGUACGAGGAGCACGGCAGCUCCAGCUGCAGGAACAUGAACUUCCAGGGGCUGUCAGCCCCACACGGCCCCUCUGGGUUCUGCGGGAGCAGCGGCCGCUCCCCGGGCUGCGGUUCCGACGAGGGCGGAUGCAGCGGCCGCCGGCGCAGCCUGGGGGACCGGAGCUUGGGGGACGAGGCCUGUGCAGGAUGUGACAAAUCCUCUUCCCUGCCAUCGUGGGGAGGGGACCUGGAGAGCUCCGUCUGGAGCCUGGAACUGCAGGGGAACCUGAUUGUGGCUGGCAGGAGUAACGGAAAGUUGGAGGUGUGGGAUGCCAUCGAGGGAACCCUCCGCAGCAGCAAUGAUGAAGGACAAUCUGGCAUCACGGCUCUCGUCUUCCUCAACAACAGGAUCGUGGCUGCCCGGUUGAACGGCUCCUUGGAUUUCUUCUCUCUGGAGACACACACAUCCUUGAACCACCUGCAGUUUCGAGGUGCCCCGGGCAGGAGCAGCCUCCCACCAUCACCGGAGCUGGGCCGCGGGGCCGCGGUGCGCUGCCAGCUCACCCACAGCGUGGCCUGCGCUCACCACAAACCCAUCACGGCGCUCAAGGCCGCGGCUGGGCGCCUCGUCACCGGCAGCCAGGACCACACCCUCAGGGUGUUCCGGCUGGAGGACUCGUGCUGCCUGUUCACCCUGCAGGGCCACUCGGGAGCCAUCACAGCCGUGUACAUCGACCAGACCAUGGUGUUGGCGAGUGGUGGCCAGGACGGGGCCAUCUGCCUGUGGGACGUGCUGACGGGCAGCCGUGUGAGCCACAUGUUCGCCCACCGYGGGGACGUCACCUCCCUGACCUGCACCACGUCCUGCGUCAUCAGCAGCGGCCUGGACGAUGUCAUCAGCAUCUGGGACCGCGGCUCGGGGAUCAAACUCUACUCCAUCCAGCAGGAGCUGGGCUGCGGUGCCAGCCUGGGCGUCAUCUCUGACAACCUGCUGGUGACGGGUGGCCAGGGCUGCGUGUCCUUCUGGGACAUUGGCUAUGGGGACCUGCUCCAGACCGUUUACCUGGGCAAGAGCAACGAGUCCCAGCCGGCGCGGCAGAUCCUGGUGCUGGAGAACGCCGCCAUCGUCUGCAACUUCGGGAGCGAGCUCAGCCUGGUCUACGUGCCCUCGGUGCUGGAAAAGUUGGACUGAGCCCGCGGAGGAGGGGCCGGCGGGACUGAGACGGAGCUCGGGGCUGUGCCGGAGAGGGGACGGGGCCGCCGGCGCCGUGGCUCUAUCCGUCACCGCUCCSCCACCGGAGCGACCCGCUCGCCCAGCGGGGUGGGGCCCCCGCCCUGCCUGCUCUCCCUGCUUCAGCAUCUUCCGUGGGGUCUCGGCGACUCGGUGUAGAGGGACAUGGGAUAGGGCAGCAGUGAGGACGGUGUGGUGGCUCCCAGGCUGGGCACCCAGCAGUGACUGUCUCAGCCCAGCAACGCUCCCAGGACACACGAGAAUCCUCGGACAGCCCCAGCCCCGGAUGGAAGCCGGGAGAGGGCCGGGACCGACCCCUCCUGGGCGUGGCUCGGCCCCCACGUGCCUUAGGGUGCGGCAGGGCCCCGCCCGAUCCCGCCCGGGGCCGCAGCAGCCCCCGCCCUAUUUAUUUAUACGCUGUAAAUAGUUAUUUAUUGGGGCAGGGGGCGGGGGGGSCCAGCCCCUGGCAGUGCUGUCCUUGCCGCGCCCCGGCACAACUGCCCUGCCCGGCUCUCUCCUGCGCCCCGUCUGCAGCAAUAGCACCUUCCUCCUCCUCCUCCUCCUUCCCUUCCUCCUCCUCUUCCCGCUGCGGGGCCAGAGGAGGCUUUUCUCAGGUUGGGAGUGGGCGGAGCCCUCGCCCCUCUCCCGCAGCCACUGGGGAGGGACGCGAGUGGGGUCACAGCGGGACCAAGGUGCACCGUCAGGGAUGGGGCAGCAGCCGGGCUCCCCCCCCAGGACCCCCGAGCAGGGGCCAGGGACUCCGCUCCCGUCGCCCGUUGCUCUGCAAGCCCCGCUGCAGCCCCGCCCCUCCCGCUGUGCCCCCGAACCGCCGAUGACGUCUGUUAUUGACCCCCGGUGAUUGUAGAGGCGGCGCCGGCCUGGGCCAGGGGAGACCCCCGGGACCCUGGCCCAGCCCCCCGCGGGUGGCCUUCGCCCAGCUGUACCUUUGUGCUGUACAGGGGACGCUUUUUGUACCGAUCGUGUUUUAUAACGUGUGCAGGAACAUCCAUUAAACGGAACUAACCCGA